GACAGAUUCGACCGGACGCAGGGGAACGAUUAAUUUAAAAUAGCUGGUAAAAUGGAUGAAUACCAGUAUCCGCUGUUUUUUGAGGCCAGAGAUCUGACAGAUCGAGAAAAGGAAAAGGUCAGGAGACACUUUCAGAAAAGAAGAGACUCUGGGGGAGGUGAUUGUGCAACAAUAGAGAAGAUUGGAGACACAACGUAUAAAAUCUGUUUCAGAGAAAGUGAAACUCAGGAAAGAGUUUUGCAGAGAAAGAAUCACACCGUCUCUCUUCUUGGUGGGGAGUUGUGUCUGACCGUGAGUCGAACUAUUUUGCCACAGGCCUCAGAUCAGCCUGCAACAAGUCAGCCACAGACUUUUACUAAAAGAAAUACAAAAAGUCUUGAGAAGAUUUUCAAAAUGAACAACUUCCUCAUGUACUACCUGAGAGACAACCUGACAGCAUCCAAAAUAUUAUACCAGAAGCUCUCCUCAAUCGGCUGCACGCUGGUGUUAGACUUUGAGGAAGAGGAGGCAGUAGUGAGGGGAGAUAUUGAGAAGGGACCUGGUGGAGCUUCUGGUGGUGCAGCAGAGAAAUGGGAGCUACAGGUGGAUCAGAUCUUCAUCAGUUUCACUGAGACCUACAUCUGUUAUCAUGUGUUAGAAGCAAAGAAAAUUAAAAAGAUGCUGCAGGACCCCUCCUUUCUGACUGAUAACAUGAAGGUGUACACAGAGAGCGGUUAUGCUGUGGUGGUGGGAGAGGCUGAAGACGUAAAGAAGAAGAUUGCAAUCUUAGACAAGAGUCUUCCAGCCUGCAUCAAGCUACCAGUGGUAGAGAAUCAGUUUAAACUGGUGGAAGAAGAGUUCAAUAGAGAAAUGGCUACACUUUAUCCAGAGGUCAAAAUCACUAGAGACACUGCUAUGAUCGUCUUGGAGGGUCCUGAUCAGAAGGUGCAGUCAGGAGCUGCAAAACUUGAUGAACUGGUCAAAAAGAUAAAACAAAAGAAAGUUCAGCUUCCUUCAGAUUUAUUAACCUUCAUUAGAACCAGCGGCACCAUCACCAAGUACCAGCUUCGCUUCCAGCAGAGCCUCAGAAAUCCUGUUUCCCUGGAGGUGACAUCAGACCUGGUCCUGUCCAGUCUGUCCUCUGUAUCCCUGGAGGAGGCAGCAGCAGCAGUGCAGAGAGAGCUGAGUGUGGCUGAUGUAGAGCUGCAGAGUGCUGCAGGUGCAGCUCCAGAUCUAAACCAAGUGAAGGAAAUCCUGAUCAAAGCCAAGAACCAGGCAAACCUUGUGGAGCACAGAGUUGAUUUCAACUUCAUUCCAGGACCCAGUGGAGCUCCAGCAACUAAAGUACGACUGGUGGGCUAUACUGAACAUGUGAACAAGCUCAAAGAUCUCCUUCAUGGCUACCUGCUGAAACAGGUGUUGACUCAAGAAGUGUUGGACCUGCCAUAUCCUGAGCUGGUUGACUGCUUUGAUAAAAUCUUAAACAUAAUUGGGAUGAAGCAGACUAAUGUGACACUGAGAGCCUCACAUCUUCCAUAUCCAUGUAUCCUCAUGUCUGGUCCCCGUUGUCAAGUUCAGGAGACCCGUCAGGCCCUCACAUCUGCUUUAGCCGGUCUGACAUUAGAGACCUUGGUUCUAGACGGACCAGGAGCUCUGCGUUACUUUCAGGGAGAUGGUAAAGACAGAAAAGAGCUGGUUGAGACUUCCUGUAAGGUUGUUAUUAAGGAACAGCAGCAAAUGGAUGAUCAAAAUAUAAACUAUUCCCAAAACAGAAUUCCCAGAUUCAGAUCAGCCAGUAUUUACACCAGUGGUGCCAAAAGAACACAAAAUACAGCAGCUGUCAACAAACCAAUCCUGAAGAUCAGGAUUGGCAAUGUGGAAGAUGAAAAGGUAAAUGUGCUGGUGGCCCCCAUGAUCUACAAAAAGCUUACAUCCACUAAAAUUGGUAAAGGUUUAAACAAAAAAGGAGGGUCUGCAAUGCAGAGCAACUUUGAUCUGGUAGCAGGGACGUGGACGUGCUCUGCCGGAAAUGUCAUGAUAGUUGAUGCACCUCCAUGUCUGGGCUGCUCCAAGAUCUUCUUCAUUGAGUGUCUGCCAUGGGAUGGAGUCAGCGGGCACAGUGUGCAGGCUCUUGAAAAUGGGCUGAAGACUUGUAUGGACCUAUGUGCACAGCAGGGCUGGUCUUCCAUUGCCUUUCCAGUCAUUGGACCUGGUGUGGCUCUAAAAUACCCCCUGAGAGAGGCCAUUCAAGUGCUGACCGACAAGAUUCAUCAGUUCGGAUUGUCUGGAUCACACGGUUCUGUCUCCACCAUCCAUGUGGUCAUCAAACCAGACUACCCCAAUUCGGAAGAGUGCUACCAUGAUGUUUACAAACACCUGACCUUAAACACAAACCAGGGAGGCCAAGCAGUCUUCAGCUCUGUUGUUACUGACCUUGCUGACAUCACCAUACCAAUGAGAGGGGGAGUUAAACUACAGAUCGUGUUUGGAGACAUCACUAAUGAGACAACAGAUGCUGUGGUGAACACGACCGACUUUGCAAAUUAUCAGACAGACGGUGUGUGCAAAGACAUCUUAACUGUGGCUGGACCCCAGGUACAGGCUGACCUGGCAAACGCUAUAGUGAAACGAGGAGAUGUUUUUACAACCCAGUCUGGAUCGUUCCCCUGCAAGGCUAUUUUUCAUGUGUGUGGAGAGAGAGAUGUUGGUGUCAUUGAGCAACUGGCGUGCCGCAUAAUUCAACUCUGUGAAUCGCGUGCAUACACAUCUGUGGCCAUUCCUGCCAUAUGUGCUGGAACAGGUGGUUUGGACCCUGGUCUUGUAGCGCUCGCCAUCCUCCGGGGAAUCAACACCACCGCCUCGUCCUGUCCCCUGCAGUCUCUCACCUGCAUUCGCCUUGUCCUGAUCAAAAUCAGAGUUUUCCAGGCAUUUAAACAGCAAGUGACUCAGAUGUUUAGCUCCGCAGACAUUAGCACGGCUCUUAAAGUGCAACACCGUCCUCCACCAACGAUGAGUAUAGACCCAGGUGUCAUUUGUACUCGUUCUACAGUCCAACAAUCCACCUUCAUGAUUGUAGGACGUUGCAAACAAAGUGUUGACAAUGCCAUCAGGAAGCUGAAGAGUCUGUAUCAGGAUCAGUGCUCCACACAACGCUUCAGAGCAGAGGAGCUUGCAGGCCUCACCCAGGAUGAUGUGGAUGACCUGCAACAGCUGGUGGAGGUAAUGGGUUUACAUGUGGAGGAGGACCAGGAUGUCUACACGGUGAAAGGUUUGAAAGAUGGAGUCAACCAGGUCAUGCGGCUGAUUCACAAAUCUUAGAAGCUGAUCUUUAGUAUAUUUUCUAUGACCAAGGCUUCCAGUAACAUAUUUUAAUAUUUAUUUAAGUGAAAUUUCUUUAGGAGAAAUGACAGAGGCCACAAAGUGUAUUGUGAUGAGGGCCACCGUAUUAAUCACCAUCUCUCUGAACUCAUGAGGCUUUUGAACUUAUUUUACCAGUGUGAACCUUGUUUCAGACAACUGAUUGUCACUGCUGGCAUCUAAACAACUUUGAUAUAUCAACAUUACCCUGAAGGACAGAAAGAGUAAGUCACCUUUUGGUCCAGGAUAAUGAAACAUGUCACUGUUAAAGCCUGAUAUUUUUAAGGAAAGCAUGAAAAUGCCACUUCAGAGGCUGAAAAUGAAAAUAAUCUUAUCAUUUAUGUUUUCUUUGAUAUUAUUGUUGGUUGAGAUAACAGAUGGGUUACAUUCAGAAGCACUGGAAUAUAUUACUUUGAGUUUAAAAACAGAACAUAACAUGAACUUUGUUGCUUUGCAUUUUUUAUUGUGCAAAAAUGUACUUCAAGAAAUAAAAGAAAAUGCUUUAAAGAUUUAAUCAAAUGCUCAUGAUGAAAAUACUUUCAUGUUUGUUUUUGUUUAAAUAAAAUCAUGAUGUGGUCACUA